AAUGACCGUAUUUAUUAUAUUGAAUAGCUUCAUCGAUGUUCUAGAAUCGAUCCACCUUGAUUGAUUUUGAUUUAUGUUGUAAUUUUUUUCUUCACAAAAACUUAUUCGAUACUACCACAAUAUAACUUUUGGUUUCUUUAGUACAACACAAGAAAAUAGUCGGCGCACUAACAUAACCUGGCCCCAAAUGGUCUAUGAGAUUUUAUGAGAUUUAGGAUACCCCCCCCCCCCCAAGUUUUCUUGUGUAUUCAAGAAAUUUAUAGCCAAGCCUAUGUCUAGACAAGAUUGGAUAGGGAUUAUUCAUAAGAACCUUUUUUUUUUAAAAAACGUUCAGCAUAAAAUUUUAAGAACAUGCUAAAAACAAACGGAGACUGAGAAAGCAGACAAUAGGCCAAAUAUUGCUUUGUUAGUCUGAUACGCUCUAAAAUGCAAAAUAAAAUUGUGUUCACAAAAAACAAAUAUUGUUGCUCUUCCUAAUUCAUUGGGUAUUAUUAUUAUUAUUAUUAUACACUAAACUUAAUUUGUCAAUAAACCUUUCUGGCAAGUUCCACUUUGUAAGUCGGCCUUUUUCAUCUAAAUAUAGCUCGAUACAGCACUCAUAAUUGCAAAAUGAAUUAUAUGUGGUCCUUCUGCACGAUUAAAUAGCUUUUCUGCUAUAAAUUUCACAAAUCCCGAAGCACUAUAUAAACACGUCCGUACGCUAUGACGCCAUGACGGCCAUAGAGGCGCGUCUAUGCCGAUGCAUUUGUCCACUUCGUUUUGAAGAGCGUUGACGGAGUUUGAAGCAGUUUAAAAAAUUCGCAAUACCUCGAUUGAUGCAAUAGAUAUUUUUUUUAAAGAAGCUCAAGGUGCACAUCAAUAAAUAUAAACCAUGCUCGUAGGUCUAUCAUACGAUCCGAAUUCUAUUGAUGGCAUUGAGAAUACGCAGUUUUCCGUUAUAGCCAUGGGGCAUGAUUCAAAAUUUGGGAAAUCGACCAAAUUACACAUCAAUAAACCAUGUUCGCAAGCGAGGUAGACAUGCAUGGGCAUACCGGCACGCCUCUCUCGCCCACAGGGAAGCGUCGCUUUAUACCAUAACGAUCCAAAUCAACCAACUAGCAAUUAAAGUUUCUUGAGUAUGGCGUGCUUUCUCUCGCCUCUUUUCCUACUUUUGUGUAUUUUCACGAUUGUAAAGUCACAAGGCCGAAAGGACUUCUCAAGGGAUACCGUCUUCACAGCGACUGAAAGUAAAGAAAAAAGAAAAAGUCUAUAAUAUUUUAUGGAAAAAAAAAUUCCUUGGUUUCUAUAGUACAAAUAAAAUUUUGCUGAACAUCAACGACGUAGUAUAAAUGAAUAAGGAAAACCUCAAAACUUUACAUAAAAAUAGGAAUAAGACAAAAAAGUACAGGUUGAUUUGAAUCUGUUUUGUUAACUUUUUAAAAACAAUUAUUGACAUGCAAGACACAAAAGGCAUGCUCGAAUUUGUAUAAAGAAAUGAUCUAGUUUUUCCUAAUAAAAACAUUAAUCGCUUCGAAAAGGCGCUUAUCUCACUUUUUAGACUUCUGCUUCAACGAAUCAAAGCGUUAGUUUAACAUUAAAGCCGCAUUGUCACCAGUUUACUUCCGGUCGAUUACGUAACAAUCUCUGAUGAUUUUAAACGGAAAACGCGAAAGAUAUUUCAAAAUAUUGAAAGCAGUGAGUUUAUUGGAAGUUUCUUUGAGGAUGUGAUUGAUAAUUUAGAGCCGAUGGCCUGUUUAAUAUCUCGGAUUUUAAUAGAUUCUUUUGUCUUUUAACGGUUGAAGUCUCCGUCGGACCUCCGGAAGUAAACUGGUGACGAUGCGGCUUAAAGCGGCGAUUUUAAUUACAUUAAGCGUUAGUGUUACAUUAAACGUCAGUUAUUACAUUAAGCGGUGAUGAUACACGCAUUGUGUUUGUGAGAAAUCAAAAUCAGAACAUGAUUGAAUCUUCUAGUUAGGAAGUUUGUCUCAAUCAGAACAACGAAUCUCGUAUUGUGAUUGGCCUUCCUUUUACUUUGAUGGCCUUGCUUGACAUCAAGGAUUUCACAGUUUUUAGGUGUUCACGAUGGAAAACUAUUUUUCUACCCUCUUUGAGACUGUGGGAUUUAUUAGCUCUGCUGUUUUCUUGCUGAUUGCGCUAAUUCAGAACAGGGCAAUAUUGAAGCAAAGCGCUAGUCGCUGACGGGGAACUGUUGAUUUGUACGUCGUCACAUAAUUUACAUUUAAAGAGCUCGGGUUCGCGGCGUUAAGAUCAUCUUCAGUUCCAAGCUACUGUCACCUACCACUUUGAUAUCUAUUCUUCUCGAAACGCAGUAAAAUACACGAACACACAGACAGUGCGAUGGACUUAAAUUACAUAAUGGACUUGCUGAAGAAAUAAAUGACAGAUAAUACAUCGUUUUGCUGAUAAAGUAGCGUGCAAUGACGGAUAGAAAUAAAUGUAUAUUUUUCUCUUAAACAGAUGAAUACUUCGACCUCUUUGUCAUCAAAACAGUGACCGCCUCUCGUUCUUUCGACUGCAACCUUUACUGCCUGGCCGAACCUGACUGUCAAUAAACCAACUACCAUCCACCGACGCGCAUGUGCGAGCUGUGUAACCACACCUUCACCUCUAGGCCUGGCUGCAAAAUCCCCAAACCAGGCUACAUUCACUUCGACUCUGAAAAGGGAACUCUCUUUUCCGACCCCUGCAGUAAUGUGACGUGCAAGAAUGGUGGUAGGUGCAAUAGCACAUGCGCAGAAGAUCCUGAAUGGUCGUGUGCUUGUCAACCCAAUACUACCGGCAAGCUCUGCGAACAGUUUACAGGGAACGCUACUCUUUCCUCAUGCAAGGAAGUUUACGACAGAGGAUUAAAAAAAGACACCGCGUACAUUCUGAGCAUGGAGAACAAAAGCGUAGAGAUCUACUGCCAUCUCACAGUGAUUGACGGCUGUGGCGAUGGGGGAUGGACGCUGGCCAUGAAAGUCGACGGUGCAAAGACGACGUUCCGCUACGAGUCUUCUCUCUGGACCAACAAGCUCGCCUACAACCCCUCUGGCGGUCUGACGGGCUUCGAUAACCAAGAGACCAAACUCCCCAGCUACUGGGCCACGCCCUUCACCAAGAUCUGCAUCGGGUUCAAGGUCGGGGACACCCUUAAGUCCAUGACGAUCCCCUACACCGCUGCGUCACUCUAUGACGUCAUUGCUGACGGCAACUACAGAGUGACUACCGUUAUCGGAAAGACCGCUUGGAGAGCACUGAUCGCGGGCUCGUCUAUGCAGGAAAACUGUAACCAAGAAGGGUUUAACUUGGGUGGAUCGCCUAAACAUGGUUUGGUGCGUGUAGGUUUGGUUAGUAACGAACAAAACGAGUGCGAUACUGUUGAUAGCAUGGUGGGUAUCGGGGGGAAUUCUUUUCUUAACAAUAGUGCUGGGAAUAGGUGUAAAUAUUGUUGCUGCGGCAACGGCUACCUUAAUAUCAAGGCUAGAGGCUAUAUGUUACUAAAGUAAUUCCCACCUAUGCAAUGAUAUAUUGAAGCAGUUAUUUCUUACAUUUGUGACGGAUAUAAUCUGUUGUCCUCUUCCUCUAAGUGAUAGUAAUUGGGAUAUUUCUGACCUCUUAAAAGGCAAACUAAACGGCUAAGAAUGUAUAAGAUACAACUUCGGUGAGAUUCUAUUCCUUUUUUAAGGGAUAACUUUAAGGCAAUGUGGUACAAGCUACGGCAUGUCUAGAGACCACUGAGGACUAAGUGCGAGGAUCUUGAAUUAAUUUUUCGCCUUCCUGGUCAUCUGUUGCUUUGCCCCAUGUGACUUAUACCGCAGUGUUCUAUGUACCAUAAUUUCGUCAAUUACACAUCAGGGUCUUGAUGGUAGGGUCUGCAUGUUGUUGGUCAGUUAAAAUUUCCAUAAUCUGUCGGUAGUCGGUAAAUAUUAUCAGUCUUUGUCGGUAGUCGGUGAACCUAAGCUAGUAUUCGGGCUUGUACCAGAUUUCAUGUAUAAACAAAAUUAAACAUUAUUUAAGAUUGAUUAGUAAUUAAUAGCUUAUUGGUAAUAAAUUUAUUAUGGAUUAAUAAUUGACUGAAAAGUUUGAUGCGACAGGAAAUACAUAGUGUUAUUUUGAAAUAGCCGUAUUUAAGUAGAUUGACGAGGGAAGUAAAUAGAAAAAAUACCGGAAAUAAUAAAAUGCCGGUAGUCGGCAAAUAUUUUUUGUCGCUACUCACUAGUUUUUUAUGCAUGCUUUGUAGAUAGUCAGUUACUUUUAAAGCCGUUUGUCGCUAGACGUUUAACCCCAUCCAGACCCUGACACAUAAUAUGCAACGCGAAUUAUAUGAUGUGUUCCAAUAUUUGAAAGAGUAGGUGUAUCAACUGCUAACGUAAUGUACGUAAUUCAUAAUAAACAUCUAACGGUGCUGC